AUGACGAUCAGUAAAAAUAAUAAAAUGAUGGCGCAUUUGAAUUAUCGAAUGAAGGUGACUUUACUUGACGGUCGUACAUUUAUUGGAUAUUUCAAAGCCUUCGAUAAGCAUAUGAAUAUAUUAUUAUGUGAAUGUGAAGAACAUCGAAAAGUUAAACCAAAAUCAGGCAAAAAACAAGUUGCGGAUGAUAUUCGAACUUUGGGUUUAGUUUUGUUACGAGGUGAAAAUAUUAUAUCGUUAACCGUCGAUGGACCACCACAAAAGGAUGAUGAUUCAGUUAAAUUGCCGAAAGGUGGCGGUAUUCCUGGUCCUGGAACAGCAAAACCAGCUGGUCGUGGAAUGCCUAUGUUGCCGCAAGGUGUUAUGGCACCACCGCAAAACCUGCAAGGUGCGGUAAGAGGUGUUGGUGGUCCAGCGAUGUCAGUGAUGCAACCUGGUUAUGGAGCAGUGCCGCCCGCGAUAAAUAUGCCACCACCGCGACAACCUGGUCCUUAUUAA